CCAUCAUUCGAUCGUGACAGACGUCAAAGAUCGACGACAUUAAUCGCCAUGGCUCGUGCAGUGGUUCUACUCCUUCUCGUCGUAGCUAUUGCUUACAGCACUUGCACACCCGGAGGCCAGCCACAAGUGUGGUCCCAACGAAGAGUUCAAAUCUUGCGGAUCUCCGUGUGUAGAUACCUGUGAGAAACCAGCAUCACCUAUCUGUACUCUGAUUCAAUGAAUUUCAAACAUUAAAAUGGUGUUUCAAAGUUCAAGAUAUUGAAUUUGAAAUAGAUGAGAAAAUAUCUUUCGAGAUACUAACAGCGAUACAAUUUGGUGGCGGUGGUCUUCCACAUCGAGGCUCGCACGCGGUACCACAAAAUUUGAACACUUGGUUCGGUGGACAGAUUAUGCCCGCGUCGAUGACUGAAUAA